GAGUAAGCAUUCCAAGAUGGUUACAAUCAGAGGAAUUGAAUCGCUUGUUUCACUAAUUGUAUGCAUCACUGCAACCAAAGCGAUGACCUGCAACCUUGGCCAGGAACCAGACUCAUCCUCUGGCACCAGUUACCUAUGGGUUAUCGACGCGGAUACGAGCUGUCAAUGCACCCGUUUCGUGUUAGGCGGGCUAAACACACACCCCGUCAAAAGGCCAUCUGUGAUGACCGCCAGUGGCUCUUCGCCGAAAAGCUUCGCCCGAGUAGCAAUUCGGGAAUGGCUGAAAUGUCCUGACCCAUGUUCGUCUACACCUUGUCAGCAUGGAGGUACAUGUGAGGCUGUUGGAGUAAGCUACAGCUGUCAUUGUCCUCCAGAAUACCAAGGCCCUAUCUGCCAAGACAAACACCCAUGUUUCUUUACACCAUGUCAACAUGGAGGCACAUGUGAACCGCAAGGCACCAAGUACUCCUGUCGAUGUUCACAUGAUUAUUACGGCAGGCUCUGCCAAGAGGAGAACCCUUGUCUGUCAGAUCCGUGCCAGAACAACGGCACAUGUGCGCCUGCUUCUACCGAGUCAAGGGUCACCUACACUUGUACUUGUCCACCCAAGUUCUAUGGAAAAGACUGCAGAGUGAGCGAUCCUUGUUUAUCACUUCCCUGCAAGAACAAUGGCUCUUGCAUUGCUAGCACAGGAGCAGACGAUGGAUUGUUUCCCCAGUACUACAGAUGCAUUUGCCCAGCGAAUAUCAUGGGAUACAAUUGCGACAUGAGCGACCCUUGUUUAUCGGCACCGUGUGACAAUGACGGCAAUUGCUCGUCGACUGAUGACUCAGGGGUUGCGAUCUACACGUGCCGAUGUACAGGCGAUAACUUCGGCGUCAACUGUGACCUACCCGACCCUUGUCUGUCCCAACCAUGUCAGAACAACGGCACGUGCACGACAGUCCCAACCGAUGCAGGGGUAGAAUUCGCAUGCAGCUGUGUGGAAGGGCAUUUUGGUCGUUCCUGUAACAUUCCUGAUCCCUGUCUGUCAACUCCGUGCCAUGACCGUGGUGAGUGUGCGUCCUACUCAAUGUCAUCGGGGGACGUGAGCUUCACAUGCACUUGUACCCCUGGUCACUUUGGUCCCGUCUGCGAUUUAAGUGACCCUUGUUUGUCCAACCCAUGUGGUAACCAUGGAGACUGCCAAACUUCUGCUGUUGGAUCGGAAGUGAAGUACAAAUGUAAAUGUUUCCCUGGGUUCUAUGGCAUCAACUGCAAUGUUCCCGACCCCUGUUUGUCAAAUCCAUGUCAGAAUAAUGGCACUUGUAGUUCUUCUCAGACGAAAUCAGGUGCCCGAUACAGUUGCAGUUGUCAACCUGAGUUCUUUGGUAUCCAAUGCGGCGAUGAUGGUUUCUGUCUGUCGUCACAGCCCUGCCUGAACGGUGGCACGUGUACUUCUACUGACCCUAAAUCCUACAUAUGCAGCUGUUUGCCCAAGUAUUUUGGUGGUGAAUGUCACAUCUCCGACCCGUGUUUGUCCAUUCCGUGCCUUAACAAUGGCACCUGUACCCCGUCGACGUCAGGGCUUGAUUUUACUUGCCGUUGUUCGUCUGAGUUCUUUGGCCCAACCUGUGCCCUGACAGGCCAAGAUGCGUUGCCUUCCUGCCAAGCGUAUGUUACCGCUAAUUUGUCAUUCGGAAGUGGAUUCUACAAGAUCAGACCGGAGUGUGGAGACACGUUAUUGACUGGCCCCGUGAAUGUGUAUUGUGACCAGGAAUCAAACGGUGGUGGAUGGAUGAGGCUGUACACUAUGUCGCCUACUUGCUCCUCGUACGAAAACAACGGACCCUGGACGACCGAGCUGAUCCAUUGCCUUUGGGUAAAUUCCAGUGCUAUCGGGAUUGCACUGACCCAAGCUUCGACUGACGCUCAAGAGUUUGGGGUUCUCAAAGGGAGCUUGUUGACCAAUCCGGUCUUCCCAGAGGCUGACGUCAUCGCCAACUUGGCCAAUUGCAAAACUCCGGAUGGCUCUGACUGGACUCAGAGAUACAGGGGUGGCUAUGUGUUGAUUGAGGGCGUCUUAAUUUCAGUUGGAGAGUGGGACGCCACGUUUGGAGGAUGCCAGCCAUCUAGUGAGGUGAGAAUGUCCGUGAUCUUUGAAGAGGAUUACGUUUCUGACGUCCGGGGAACUUACACGUUGGCAUGUGUCCAAGAAGACGGUCAUUGGAUUGCUGUCUCACAGUGGGACUGGAAAGACCUGCAGGGGAUUUGGAUCAAGCAGGCGACAGCUUCUUGACUGCGUGGACUCAACACACAUGAUACAUGCGUGUCAUGUAUUCUGGCUUUUGAGGAAAAUGUUAUUAGUAUUUAAUGUAAUAUUUAAUCAUUUGCCAGGUUCCUGGGAUUCCUCUGGUCUUUUUCUUUCACUUCAUUAUAUAUUUCAUUUAAAAAAUCAUAUUUGUAUAUUUCCCGAGCACAAAUGACGCCAUUGGUCGUAAGUAAUGAAUGAAUUUUUACCCUUAGGCAGCGUUCCUGCUCUUACAUUCCAAGAAAUUUCUAGUGUUUCAAGCAACUAAACGUUUGGAUUUAAAUGUUACAUCUUGGGGUUUCUGCCUUAAAAUUAUUGUGAACAUUUUGUUUAAGCUAUGCGUUGAUCAAAGAAACGGUAUUUCAUUUUCUGAAAUUUAUUUGUUUGUGCGGUCGGGUCGGGUGGGGGUGGGAUUUUAUACGGAUGAAUUUUGGAACAGUCUUUUUCAGAAAUAAAAAUCCAUUUUGUCCCCGUUUUUGUUGGGUUUCCCAUGAAGCAAACUGGACAAGGCAGAAACAAGCAGUUACCCCGUGGUUAUAUUACAGGGUCGUUUCAAAAUGGGUCAAAAAGCAGCAGUUCUUUAAAACCGAGACCAUUGAUCACGAUGAGGUGCAGGCUAGAGGACAGAGCAAGCCUGCGAAUAAUUACAUUCUAGUGCCGAGUAAGCUUUUUGUGAAAGGAAAACAAAUAUCGUAAUUCAUUACUAAUGCAUGUGUAUUUGCAGUUGCUUAACAAAAGUUUGUUUCACUAAAAAAUUUUGUCAUAAUGCUAAAAGGGCCUAUGAUUUACUACAAUGUUAAUCAAGCUGUUAUUUUAUGUCUCCUUAUACAAGUCUGUGAAUCGAAUUAUGCAUUGAACUGCUAAGUAAAACAGAAAGCCAUGUAUAGAAACAAAUGCAGAAACAUGUGUCAUGUCAAUUUAAACAUUUUUCAUGUGUGACAGAAUUUAAAAACAGCAAAUGGAAACUAACAUUACUGAGGCCGGUUCACACAUGAUGCGAAAGCUUCGCUUUUGUUGAAUUUGAGGACGUCAUAUUUGCUUUACUACGGUAAAAAGAGUAAGUCGGCCUUCGGGUUUUAACAUCCGGCAGUGGAGAAUUACAUCCGUCAUCUUCAAUCACACUAUGACGUCACACAAAAACGUUAAGAUCUUUAUUUAAAUAUAGCUAUGGCCUGAAUUAUAUAUGAAACCUUGACCGCUUUGAGGGCCUACAUGCGCAAGCCAUAUUCAUGCCAAUAUUCACGUUGAAACACUA